CUCGCGAGAGCCGUGAGGUGAGUUUCUGAGGGAAACCGGGCUCCGGAGAUUUUAGAGCUGAGGUACAUCUAUUACUGCCUUCAUUUUGUGUUUCUUACACACUAUCCUAGUGAAUAGUUGUCAUGACUGCCUAGGAUUGUCCGGAUUUGGACCUCAUCUUUCACAUGCUUCAAAAUACCUAAUUGGAUAAGGAUGAUGAUAUUGAGACAAGGUUGACUCAGCCUUCCAUCCUUCUGAGAUGAUCUAUCCAGUAAUUUAAAGUAAAGCAGAAAGUCAAGAUUGUCAUGGGUUUAUCUGCAUCCUCUCCGUUAACUACAAUUCAGACUGUGUCAGAACAGCCUCAAAGUGAAAUCUCACAAUGUCCCAUGCAUCAGAAGAACGUGGAAGCCUCUCCAAUGAAAUCCGGUGACAGUUCCAGUGAGAAGCAGAAUCCACCUGCCCCUGCACAUCAAGAAAGAGCGUAUGAAUAUGUACAAUGCCCUGCUAAAUCUCAUACAGAAGAAAAUAUUGAUCCUAGGAACAUGAUGCCACCUCCUAAUCAACAACCAUCCCCUGGGCAACCUUUUCAAUUAUCUACAGUAAGAGAAGAGUCAACUAUUCCUAGAGCUAAUUCAGAACAAAAAUGGGUUUAUCCCUCAGAACAAAUGUUUUGGAAUGCAAUGCUCAGAAAAGGAUGGAGAUGGAAAGAUGAUGACAUGAACCCAGAAGAUAUGUCUAAUAUUAUCAAAAUUCAUAACCGGAACAAUGAACAGACUUGGAAAGAAAUUUUAAAAUGGGAAUUACUUCAUCUUAGGGACUGUCCAUGUGGACCAACACUUGUACGAUUUGGAGGGAAAGCUAAGGAAUAUUCUCCAAGAGCUAGAAUACGAUCCUGGAUGGGUUAUGAACUUCCUUUUGAUAGACACGAUUGGAUUGUUGACCGCUGUGGAACACAAGUCCGAUAUGUUAUUGAUUAUUAUGAUGGAGGAAAUGUAGAUAAGAACUAUCAGUUUACCAUUUUGGAUGUUCGUCCUGCUUUUGAUUCCCUGACUGCUGUGUGGGACAGGAUGAAGGUGGCUUGGUGGCGCUGGACUUCAUAAUUGAUUUUAUAUGAUGUGAACAGGACUAUAUUAUUUCAAUCUAGUAUUAUUCUGACAAUAAACGUUAAUAAAGUUUAUGUUACCAAUGCUUUUA